AUGGUUAAAGAGGAAUGGAGAGGUUUGGGGAAGAUUCAGUUCACAGACAAGUUGAAAGCAUUGACAAUUCCAUUAAGGGAAUGGCAUAAGGCUAAUUUUGGGGAUAUGGACAACAAAAUUAUGAAAUUUGAGGAAGAAAUUAAGAAGAUUGAUGAUUUAGUGAGCAAUAGAGUAUAUGAUGGAACAAUGGAGGCUAGAAGGAAGGCGCUGGUUACUUGCUGUGAGAGGUGGUAUGUUAGGAAAGAAAUUCAUUGGAAACAUAUGUCUCGAUCUCGGCAAGCAAAGGAGAUGGAAAAAAAUACAAGAUACUUUCACAAUAUAGCUUCAGCAAGAAGGAGGAAUAAUAGGAUCGAUACACUGUUAAUCAACGGCAGACUGGUCAGGAAUCAAGCUAGAAUAAAAAUUCCUAUUGGAGGGUACUACAAGGAGUUAUAUCACCAGGAAAGUUCUCCUAUGGUGGGUUUCAGGGAUGGCCUGGUGGGUAGGAUAGAGCAAGAAGAGUCUGCAAAUCUGGAGGCACUGCCAACGGCGGAGGAGAUCAGAGAGGCUGUGUGGGAUUGUGAGUCUUUUAAGACACCAGGUUAUGACGGAUACAACAUGAAUUUUAUUAAGAGGUGUUGGGGUGAGAUUAGGCCUGAAUUCACGGCAGCGGUGAUGGGUUCUUUCAGACUUCAAGGCUGCCGGCGGACUCCAACAUCACUUGGGUGGCGUUGGCACCUAAGUUCAUUGGGGCAAGGGAGAUUAAAGAUCUGCGACCUAUCAGCAUGGUUGGGUGCGUAUACAAGGUUAUCUCCAAGUGUCAAGUGGAGCUUUGUGGAUAUUGUUUUGCAGAAGAUGGGGUUUGGGCAUAGAUGGAGAUCGUGGAUUAUGGAGUGUGUGACUGUAGCAUCUAUGUCGAUCCUGAUAAAUGGGUCGUCAUCCAAGCCGUUCAAGAUGGAAAGAGGAUUGAGACAAGGUGACCCACUUUCUCCUUUUUUGUUUGUACUGGUUGUGGAUGUACUACAUCAAAUGGUGGGAGAGGAAAUUAGGAAUGGACGUAUAUCACCAUUGUUGAUUGGGAGAGAUACUAUAGCACUGUCGCAUCUACAGUUUGCUGAUGACACAAUUUUGUUUUGCCCACUAGAGGAGGAAACUAUUAAGAAUUACAAGCAGCUCUUGAGAUGCUUUGAGUUGAUGUCAGGACUCAGUAUUAAUUUUGACAAGUCGAGCUUGAUUUCGAUAAAUUGUGACGAACAGUGGAUUCAGAGUAUGUGUCAGUUGUUGGGUUGUAAGCGUGAUUUCCUUCCAGUCAAAUAUUUGGGUAUCCAUUUAGGUGCAAAUCCGAGGUUGGUAAAUACUUGGAAGCCUAUAAUAGACAAAGUGGAGGAGAAGCUCAGUUUAUGGAAAGCUAAAGUACUAAAUAAAGCUGAAAAGUUGGUGCUGAUUAAAUCAGUUUUAAAUAGUCUGCCAGUGUAUUAUUUGAGUUUGUUCAAGAUGCCGAGAGUUGUUGCUGAGAAGUUGAUUUCAUUACAGCGAAAGUUCUUGUAG